AUGUUCCCGAGUGAGAAGCGAUUCCAGCGAUUCCAGCGAUUCCAGACUCCAGCGAUUCCAGUGAUUCCAGUGAUUCCAGUGACUCCAGCGAUUCCAGUGACUCCAGCGAUUCCAGUGACAGCAGUGAUUCCAGUGGCUCUAGUGAUUCCAGUGACUCCAGUGACAGCAGUGACUCCAGUGACUCCAGUGAUAGCAGUGACUCCAGUGAUAGCAGUGACUCCAGUGACAGCAGUGACUCCAGUGAUUCAGGAGACUCUAGUGACUCCAGUGAUAGCAGUGAUUCCAGUGAUUCUAGUGACUCCAGUGACUCCAGUGAUAGCAGUGAUUUCCAGUGACUCCAGUGAUUCCAGUGAUUCCAGUGACUCCAGUGACUCCAGUGAUAGCAGUGACUCCAGUGACAGCAGUGACUCCAGUGAUAGCAGUGACUCCAGUGACUCCAGUGACUCCAGUGAUAGCAGUGAUUCCAGUGACUCCAGUGAUUCCAGUGACUCCAGUGACUCCAGUGAUAGCAGUGAUUCCAGUGAUUCAGGAGACUCUAGUGAUAGUAGUGACUCUAGUGAUUCGAGUGACAGCAAAGACUCCAGCAGUUCCAGUGACUCUAGUGGUUCCAAUGACAGCAGUGAUUCCAGUGAUUCCAGUGAUAGCAAAGAUUCAAGUGAUUCUGGUGAUUCGAGUGAAAGCAGUGAAUCUAAUGAUUCCAGUGACUCAAGUGAUUCGAGUGACUCCAGUGAAAGCAGUGAAUCUAAUGAUUCCAGUGACUCCAGUGGAUCCAGUGACUCCAGUGGAUCAAGUGAUUCCAGUGAUUCCAGUGAUUCCAGUGACUCCAGUGACUCCAGUGGAUCCAGUGGCAGUAGUGAUUCAGGUAAGGAGACGAAUGGCAAACAGACGGGCGGCAAGCAUUGAGGGGACAGAGGCCUGUCGGGGUGGGGGCCUCCGCAGCUCCUGUGUGCAAUUGUCAAUAGUCAUCAAUAGUCAUCUAUCGUCGUGUCGACUUAGAAGCCUUCAUCCCCGCUUCAUGUGUGUCCGAGCGGGGAGCUGGCGACAGUGUGGUUCUUCAAUCUGUGUCAAACGCAAUAAAGCAAUGUUCUGUGA